CUGGAUCCACGUUUUUAUCCUCGUCGAUUUUUCUGGGCCCCCAUUUGUCUUUAUCCCAUCAUCGUUCCCGCGUCUCUCCUUCCUAGUUCCUUGCACAACGUAGCUCCUGCUGACACGAACAUGGCUCUGGUGUUUGUAGACUACAUGUCCGAGUACGGCCGCGACGACCCCCUCAUGGCCCACGUGCCCUCGUCGUCCACUGUCUCGGCUUCAGCCACGGGAGCACCCGUGGGCAGACACUCCCCGAGUCCGACACACUUCGAUGCGGCGCACUACGCGCACCAUGUACGCGCCACCAACAACCGCCGCGACUCGGACACGGUGCGAAGUAGGUCGCCGACGGGGGAGCAGCAGCAGCAGCAGCAGUCGCACAAGCGGCUCUCCCCGAAGUCAUUGGCCGUGGACGGGCGAAGGAUGUCGCCGAUUCCGUCGUCGUAUCUGGAGCGGGAGCGUGAACGCGAGCGCGAGAGGGAGAGGGAACGGGAAAGCGAGAGGGAUAGGGAGAGAGACAGGGAGACGCAGCGCACGCAGCGGCCGCCGUCCCAGCGCGGGGAACCCGACCCGCCCGCUGCGUCCUCGGUAUAUCAUCGGAGAAGCCCGACGGCGCCGAGUCCGCCGACUACUAGUGGGGGGCUUGGGGGUACGGCGCAGAAGAUGGGCGGGAAGACGUGGGUUGCGGGGAUGGAGAGUGGGGAUGAGCGGGGGAUGGAGAGUGAAAGGGAGCGAGAGAGGGAAUACGAACGCGAUCGCGAGAGGGAGAGGGACCGGCAAGGUCUUAGGGAGAGGGAGCGGGAGCGGGACAGGGACAGGGAGAGAGAAAGGGAGAGGGAGAGGGAGAGUAACCGGCGGAGCAUGGAGAGCGAGCCGGAACUGGUGAAGGGGUCCUCGGUUGGGGGUGGUGCCCGGGGCAGCGUGGCGCACAGGCAGGCGCCUCCGCCACCUGCGCAGCAGCAGCAGGCCGCGGCGGUGCGAAACCACAACAUUGUCGUAAACCGAAAGGUGUACGCGCGCCUGGACCUGAUCGGCAAGGGCGGCUCGUCGCGCGUGUACCGCGUGAUGAACGCGGCGAACGAGAUCUAUGCUAUCAAGCGUGUCUCGCUCGACCGGACCGACGACGAGACGAUGAACAGCUACCUAAACGAGAUCGCGCUGCUCAAGCGGCUCGCGGGCAACCGGCGCAUCAUCCAGCUCUUCGACUCGGAGCUGCGCCCGGGAUCGGGCGGCGCGCGAGGCCACCUGAUGCUCGUGAUGGAGUGCGGCGAGGUGGAUUUGGCCAAGUUGCUCACGGAGAGGCAAGGGGAGGGCCUGAACAUGGUGUGGGUGAGCUAUUAUUGGCAACAGAUGCUGCAGGCGGUGCACGUUAUCCACGAGGAGAAGAUUGUGCAUUCGGACUUGAAGCCGGCGAACUUUGUGCUUGUGCGCGGGCAGCUGAAGUUGAUUGAUUUUGGGAUUGCGAAUGCGAUUGCGAAUGAUACGACGAAUAUCCAGCGGGAUCAUCAGAUCGGAACGGUGAACUACAUGUCACCCGAAGCAAUCGAGCACCCCGAGGGCUUGCGCCGGCUCAAGGUCGGCCGCCCAUCGGACGUCUGGUCGCUUGGGUGCAUCCUGUACCAGAUGGUAUAUGGUUCACCGCCGUUCCAGCACCUGUCAGUUUACCAGAAGAUGAAAGCGAUCCCGGACCUCGCGCACGAGAUUGUGUUUCCUGAAUCCUCCGUGCCCUCCGUCAUGACCAAGACGGGCGAGCGGCGGACCCUCGAUCAUCUGAGUCGGCGCGUGCGUGCGGACGUGAUCAGUGGUAUGAAGAGCUGUCUGCAUCGCAAUCCGAAGGAUCGGGCGACGAUUCCGGAGCUGCUCGAGCAAGAGUGGGUCGCGCUCAAGGAGAACGGGGACGGCGGGGGAGUGGGCACGAGCGGAAAGAAGGGCGAGACGCAGAGGAGGAAGGACGCGAAGGCGCUGUUGGCGAAGGACGAGACGAUCAUCAACCCGCAUUAUAUGCGGCAGCUGCUUGAGUAUGGGAUUCUCCUUGGGCAAGGAGGCAAGAUUACGGAGAGUCUUGAGGAUAUGGCUGAGCGCCUUGUUAAUGAGCUCAAGAUGGUCGACUCAUGACCGGUGAUUCAUGUUCAUUCGCAUGUCGGACGUCUUCCCCUUCUCAUGCAUACACAUCCACCCAAAACACGCACUGUGCAUCUCAGUGUAUUAUAUCUUGCAUGGCGCUUAUGCCCGCACCCAUGUACUCCCCUUUGGCACUUCCUCUCCCACAUAUUGACUUUUGC